GACAGAUGUAGGAGUUUGUUUUAGAUCAAUAACUGCCUAAUAUUGAUGAAAAAGUUCUUGAUUCACUGGCAGAUUGAUUCACUUAUGGAAAAAAUGUCUUGAACUUUUUCAUCAAUAUUAAGGAAUUAUUGACUUAAAACAAGAUCCUAUAUGUUGCUGAAAAGAUACUUGUUAGUCAGUUAGUUGUAAGAUUUUUGCACAAGAAACUAGACCAAAAUACUUGGUAAGAUUGUGUGUUUUUGCAGUGUUCAGAUUCUUUAAUCUCUGUCAAAUACUCCCUUUGCUCCACAUGACAAACUGUCAUCAUUCUCUGCAGCUUGCAUUCUGGUUAAUAAUGUUCCAGGAACAACUUGUGCAGCAUUCUGGCUGGUCUGUACUCAGAAUAAUUGUUGAAACCCCAACCUUUAUUGUCCUUGCACACAAACACCACCUGCAGGUGUGGAAUCAUUUCAGGCCUUCUAGUGUUUCCCUCAUAGCUUGGCUUUCACACCUCCCAUUCUUCUGCUGCCUCUGGUUCACACAAACGCCCGGGCGCCACUCUGUAUUCUGCCAAAGACGCCCAAAGACGCAAGGCGAUGGCCUCCAUGGGGUUGCAGAUGGCCGGUUGCGCCUUGGCACUCUUCGGUUGGAUUGGGGUUCUCAUCGUCUGCGCCGCGCCCAUGUGGCGGGUCACGGCGUUCAUCGGCAACAACAUUGUGACCUCGCAGAUCAUGUGGGAGGGCAUCUGGAUGAGCUGCGUGGUGCAGAGCACCGGCCAGAUGCAGUGCAAGGUGUACGACUCCAUGCUGGCGUUGAGCAAUGACCUUCAGGGCGCCAGAGCUUUGGUGGUGGUUUCCAUCGUCGUCGGCAUUGUGGGACUCCUGAUUGCUUUCGUCGGGGGAAAGUGCACAAACUUCAUUCCGGAGGAGAAGGCCAAGGCCAGGGCCUCGGCGGCUGCAGGAGCCAUCCUGAUCGUCAGCGGAGUCCUCUGCCUCGUUCCCGUUUCCUGGACGGCCAGCAUCAUCAUCCAGGACUUCUACAACCCUCUGGUGGUGGAGGCGCAGAAACGAGAGAUCGGGGCGUCUCUGUACAUCGGCUGGGGCGCCGCGGCGCUGCUCAUCCUGGGAGGGGGGUUUCUGUGCGCCAGCUGCCCCCCAAAAGAGGAAAACGCCCCCUCUGUGAAGUAUCUGCUGAACAGAUCGGGAGGAAACAGCCAAGGAGAAUCAUAUCGAUCAUCCUCACUGACGAAGACGUAUAUUUGAGACGACCCGGAAUUCGGACUGCAAAAACACAAAAUCUGACCAAAUACUUUUGGUCUAGUUUCUACUGGAAAUAUCUCGAUACACUUUAAAUAGGACAAAGCUAACUUACAUGCAACUUUUCAUCAAGAUAUAGGAGCUGGUUUUAAGUAAAUAAUUCCCUAAUAUAGAUUUUUAGAAGCACUAUUUCCACUUUCACCUAAAGGAAGACAUUUUCUCAAGUUAGAGUGAAAUAAUCUGCCAAUGCAACUAGAACUUAAAUAACCUAAACAAGCUUCUGUAUCUUUCUGAAAAGUUACUUUUAAGUUAGUUUUAUCUUAUUUCAAGUGUACUAACAUACUUGCACUAUAAAUCCAACCAAAAAUCCUUGGUAAGAUUUUGGUUUUUUGCAGUGAAGGACGACAUUCAAGCAGCAUGAAGAAAAAAAACACAACAAUUUUUUCAACUUGAAGUGAAGGAAAUCAAACCUGUGUUACUUUUUGCAUUAAAAAAAGUUUAGUUU